UAUGAAGAAUGCUGUUUUAGUCAUAACAUCAAGUCAAUUCCUCCUAACUCUACAAAAGCCUAUAAAAUCACCCAUCGCAAAUUCCCACGCAAGGCGGUCAUCCUGCACAGUACUGAGAAUGUAAAGAUAUGUGCCGACCGAGACGUCAAGCAGAUCAAGGACAUUAUGGCCAGUGUGGACAAUGGGUGGGCUGACCAGAUUGCUGUCAAAUCAUUUGAUGGUACUGGACCAGAUGAAUGCUGUUUCCGUCACUACAGCGAACCCAUACCGGCUAAUGCACUUAAGGCUUACAAAAUUACCCAUCCAAGCUGCCCAAAAAUGGGUGUGAUCCUGAUCACUUUCAUGGACAAACACGUGUGUGCCGACCCACAGCUGAAGCAGGUGCAGGACAUUAUGGAUCGCCUGGACAAUAUGGCCAAACGGGUUUCAGGCCAUGUUGUUCGGUCCGGUGGAGGUGGACCCUGA